GGGCGAUGUACACUGCGAAUAACAACCAGGUGAAGAACUGAGACGCUCCGGGUCUUGAUGUAAACAUUCCUGCGCGCUUCCUUUCGAAAGCAUUCUUUGUCGGCCCUUGUCCCUUUAUAUAUUUCGAUCAGCGCCUCCCGUCAGCCUGCAUAGACCCAGAAUCUGCUUCCCUGCACUUCUGACUCGUCAGCAUGGACCCCCGACUGCCACAGCACCUUUAUUCGUCGUCUAGCUCCGUCGAAGACCCUUCACCAUCCUGCCCUCCAUCUCCAUCAUCACGGUCCGCCCCCACGCUGGCCUCGCGCGCUGACAUUCUGAAAUGCUACGAAGAAGCCGUGCAAGAGCCACUACUCGAAUGCAGCAACCUCUCAUCUUUUUAUUCAGAAGCCCAGCUGUCCACAUCACUCGUACCGGAAGCAAGACUGCUACGCGAGGACUUUUGCAGCACUGCCAUCGUAGCGCGGACAUGGCUCAGCCUCGAUGAACGCAAUCGCAGCGUCGGCGUUGAUAUCGAUCUCAAUGCACUCAAGGACACGCGGGAAAGAGUCUGGGCAGAAGGAGUGCAGGUCGGGAGAAAGGUUGGCGCGCGAAUCGUCCAGUCGCCGGCGUUUGCCAAUGGCAUCACCUCGGUGGAAGGAGUUGACGGCGUAGACGCUCUGGGGAUGGAGUUGGAGCAGGAUGACGGCGCUCUGUUCCAACGAGCCCCGAGCAGUGAUCAAACUGCCCUAGGAGCGACGGAGAAAUCAUCAGACGUCCAAGCUGGCUCCGAUAUCAGCUUGAAAAGCUCGACAUGGGCCACUGGUGCAGCUUCUGAUCGCUUUGAACGACGUUUCCAGGCUCGUCUGGCAAAGCAGGAAAAGCAAGCAAAGCUCAAGGCAAAAAAAAGAGCGACCGCUUCGGUGGCGGCAGCGGCCAAUGGUCAUGCUGCCGCACCGGGUGUCGAGUGCGACGGAGGGCAGCGUAUUGAAAAUACGUCUUUCGCUAGUGACGCAGAUGAACAAAACGAGCAAGGCAGAAUGCUACUCGUGCACAGUGACGUACUCGAUCUUCCAUUCUCCUAUAUUCCAUCAACAUCUUCUACACCACCUUCAACAACAUCGGCAUCGGCUCAAUCAUCUCCAACUGGUGCCACGACAAUCCCAGCGCCAGACCUUAUCGCAGCUCUCAACUAUGCGCUGUGCUAUUUCCACACGCGAGCCGCCUUGCUCGCGUACUUGCGCGUUUGCCUGCACACGCUUAAAGCGCGCAGCGGCGUCUUGCUCUGCGACCUGUUCGCUGGUCCGCCGACAGGCGAGACGUACGAGCAUUUCCUGACGGAGCAGGCAGAUUCCGAGGGAAGAACAAGGAGGAGAAACCUGUCGCAACAAGAUCUGUGGGAGUUAUUUGCCCACGAAGAUGGAUUCAUCAGAGAGGGCGAUCGCGCGAGGGAUUCUGAGGGGGGCGGCGAUCAGGGUCGACUGCAGCCACUCUGGGCGGAUGAGAAGAAGGCGACUUCUUGUAUUCGCGAAUCUUCCAUCGAGGCGAACGGCCAUGCUGCUCCUUUCCCCCCAUCGUCUUCAAAUUACACCAUCACCGCCGACGACACUGCAAUAGCAAGGGCAACCAUCCGUCUUGUCCCAGCCCCGUCCACUUAUGCGGCAGCAGCGCGCAGCAAUGCAUCCUGCGCUGAAUGGCCGAAAGGUCAUUUGAAGCUUGUACGGACCGGUGCAGCCAGCGGGGGUUUCGAGUACUGGCGCGAAGACGGGCCGAUCGACUAUGCCAGUAAUCGGUUUAGGAUGAGCCUUAGCUUCCGCUUUAAGGAUCGGUCAUGGAUUCGUGAUUGGUUCAGCUAUGAUUUCCGAAUCUGGAGUUUGAAAGAGGUGCGUUCCAUCCGGGGUGAGGUAAGAAGCAGAAAGUAAAGGCUACUGAAACUGCUACUGCCUCCAACCAUUUUUCAUCUGGCUGCCGUAAAGAUCACCGAGGCGAUGGAGGAGGUAGGCUUCGU